UGAUGACAUAAAAAAAUGAAAACAAAUUGUACAUAUUGCUAAAUUUUUUUAAAAAAAUUGUAUUAAGAAAAAAAAUGUAAAUAUGUAAUAAAAUGUUCAAUCUCGAUUUUUUAUAAAACGCCUCUGAUCGAGGCAGGGUUCCCAGAACACUGGCAGCAUUUCCUGCCUGCACAGCGGGACCUGCGGCGAGACCUCAUUGAUUGGGGAAGCUGCCGGCUUUAUAGUCUGCCUCGAUCGAACGCGCCGCCAAUUCCAAGCGUUGGCUAUACGUCUAUGACUAACCAUUACGCAAGUGGAAUGCUGGAACCUUAAUUAUGAUCAAUCGUUAAUUUGUAAUGUAAUGUAGUGUGGCAGACGGCAAAUGUACACGUAAAAAUUGGUUGGAGAGUGUUUUGAAAAGCCCUGUUUGGGAGAAUAUUUAAAAAUGGAUGAUCAACAAGAAGGCGUCGUUGACGACAUUAAUAUAAUACUUUCUCCUAAUUAUAAUCGUCCAUUCCCGCAGAAUGGAGACGAAAAAAACAAAAUUCCGAUAGAAAAAGUGAGUCGUAUGAAAGCAAUCAAAGAAUUUGAUAUUUAUCAUAAUAGCAGAAAGUACAAAAUUUACAAAUGUGCAGCUAAACACAUAAUAGGUUUAGGUCGUUCUGAUAUAAAUAAAUUAGAGAAACGAAGAAGUUGGCCCGAAACAAGUGUUAAGCGAUCAAAAGUGAUGAUUAUGCGAUCUAAAAUCAUGAAACAAAAGUCAUUACGCCCAUAUGACAAUACAUUUAUAGUAAAUUUAAGUUCUGGAUAUCAUAUACCAUAUUCAUAUACAGAUAAAUCUAAAAAUCGUUUACAGACAACAUUUAAAGUUUAUAGAUGUCAAUUGAGCACCAAAGAAGAGAGCUGUUGUUGUUCCUGUAAUUCAGAUGCUAUGUUUGAAGUUAUGAAGAGUCUUUAUGACUGCUACAAGAAGAAAAAUUGUGACAAUUGCAAUUGCAUUCUUUGUGGUCAUUUACCACGAGAAGAAAGACGAGAGGGUGAGAAAAGAAAAUCAAUGGCCGCAUUGGACACAUUGAGCACAAAACAAAAAAAAAAGGAAUUGGAUAAGAUGUCUAAAACAGCAGCAAUGGAAAUGGAAGGUAAAUCUCCAGCACAAAAGGAAAAAAUACUUAAAGAUCUAGCUAUGGCAGGGGCUCCACUUCCAGAAGGAAAAACCAAGUCUGAAAAAGCAUUGGUAGCAAAAGUUCGCACAGCAUAUGGCAUACCACAAGUACCCACUGCCCCAGAAGAAAAAGAUAAGUAUAAGAUGGCUGAAGCUGCAGGAUUAGUGGUUCCUUUGGAAGGUAAAACUACAUCGGAGAAAGAGAUGAUUCUAAGAAAACAAGCUGAAGCAGGUUUAGAACUUCCAGAAGGGAGAACUCAUUCUGAAAAGGCUCUUAUAAAAAAAGUUAAGGCAACUACACCAAUGAUACCUUCCGCUCGGAUUCCUUCUGAAAAAUUACGUAAAGCUAAAGCGGCAGGUAUAAUUACACCUUUAGAAGGAAAAACACCAGCUGAAAAAGAAAAAAUUUUAAGAGGCUUAGCUAUGUCUGGAAUUCCUUUACCUGAAGGUAAAACUUCAUCAGAAAAAAAACUAAUAGACAAGGUGAGGAAAGACUUAGGCCUCCCACCUGAACCAAAAACUUCAGCAGCUAGACGAAAGUAUGACAAAGCUACAGCAGAUGGAAUAAUAACACCACUGGAAGGGAAAACUACACCUCAAAAAGAAGCCAUUCUACGAAGGCAAGCGGAAGCCGGUAUACCAUUACCGGAAGGUCGAACUCCAUCUGAAAAAGCGUUAAUUGAAAAAAUUAAAGCAACAACAAAAGCAAUGCCAUCUGCAGCUACAAUCCCUUCAGAAAAGCUACGCAAAGCUAAAGCGGCAGGUUUAAUUACACCCUUAGAAGGAAAAACACCAGCUGAAAAAGAAAAAAAUUUGAGAGGAUUAGCUAUGUCUGGAAUCCCUUUACCUGAAGGUAAAACUCCAUCGGAAAAAAAACUAAUAGACAAGGUAAGGAAAGACUUAGGCCUCCCACCUGAACCAAAAACUGCAGCAGCUAGACGAAAGUAUGAAAAAGCUACAGCAGAUGGAAUAAUAACACCAUUGGAAGGGAAAACUACACCUCAAAAAGAAGCCAUUCUACGAAGGCAAGCGGAAGCCGGUAUACCAUUACCAGAAGGUCGAACUCCAUCUGAAAAAGCGUUAAUUGAAAAAAUUAAAGCAACAACAAAAGCAAUGCCAUCUGCAACUGCAAUCCCUUCAGAAAAGCUACGCAAAGCUAAAGCAGAUGGUUUAUUAACACCUUUAGAAGGAAAAACAUCCGCUCAAAAAGAGAAAAUAUUGAAAGGUUUAGCUGAACGUGGCUUGCCUUUACCUGAGGGGAAAACUGCAUCGGAAAAAAAGUUGAUUGAGAAACUCCAAAAAGAAAAGCCAACCUCAGUGGCCGCAAUUCCUUCAGAAAAAUUACGAAAAGCAAAAGCAGCAGGUCUACUUACACCAUUGGAGGGCAAAAAACCAGCCCAAAAAGAAAAAAUAUUAAGGGGUUUAGUUGAACAUGGAAUACCAUUACCCGAAGGAAAAACUGCGUCCGAAAAGAAAUUAAUAGCCAAAGUUCGAAAAGACAUGGGUCUGCCACCAGAGCCUGCAACUGCGGCUGAGAAGCAAAAGUAUAAUAAUGCUUUAGCUAAAGGAAUUAUUACUCCAUUACAAGGAAAAAAUCGAGCACAAAAAGAAGCUAUUUUGAGAAAACAAGCCGAAGCGGGUAUACCUUUACCAGAAGGUCGAACGAAAUCUGAAAAAGCAUUAAUUAAAAAAAUUAAAGCUAGCUCUGGUCCUCCUGGUGCUGCUCCACCACCACUACCACCUGAUAAAGCAAUGAAACUGGACAAAAAAACACGUAAAAAUAUAAAAGAAGGGAAAGGUCCUAGUGAUGAAUGUAUUUGCCCUCUCUUAACCCCCUUAUCUGAAAGAGAAGAAAAAAUGGCUAUGAAAAGUCCAUCAGAAAAAAUGCGACAAGCCAAAGCUGCUGGAUUGUUAACGCCGCUGGCAGGAAAGUCACCAUCUGAAAAAGAGAGAAUUUUAAAAGGACUAGCUCAAACUGGGUUACCCCUACCAGAAGGAAAAACUGCAUCAGAAAAAGCUAUGAUAGAAAAAAUAAAAGCCACUACAAAACCGGUUUCUUCCGUAGCUCCAAUUCCUUCCGAAAAAUUGCGUAAAGCUAAAGCAGCUGGCUUAAUUACACCUUUGGAAGGAAAAACACCAGCUGAAAAAGAAAAAAUUUUGAGAGGAUUAGCUAUGUCUGGAAUCCCUUUACCUGAAGGUAAAACUCCAUCGGAAAAAAAACUAAUAGACAAGGUAAGGAAAGAUUUAGGCCUCCCACCUGAACCAAAAACUUCAGCAGCUAGACGAAAGUAUGACAAAGCUACAGCAGAUGGAAUAAUAACACCAUUGGAAGGGAAAACUACACCUCAAAAAGAAGCCAUUCUACGAAGGCAAGCGGAAGCCGGUUUACCAUUACCGGAAGGUCGAACUCCAUCUGAAAAAGCAUUGAUAGAUAAAAUCAAAGCCACGACAAGACCUGUCCCUUCUGUAGUUCCAAUUCCCUCUGAAAAAAUGCGUAAAGCGAAAGCAGCUGGACUUAUUACACCACUUCAAGGUAAAACACCGAGUCAAAGAGAAAAAAUCUUAAAAGGGUUAGUAGAACAUGGUAUACCAUUACCGGAAGGGAAAACAGCGUCAGAAAAAAUGAUAAUUGAUAAAGUUCGGGGAGACGUGGGCCUCCCACCAGAACCAAAAACAUCUGAAGCUAAACGGAAAUAUACUAAAUCACAAGCUGCUGGAAUAAUCACCCCACUAGAAGGGAAAACACCAGCACAGAAAGAAACGAUUCUUCGGAAACAAGCAGAAGCCGGUAUACCUUUACCGGAAGGUCGAACUCCAUCUGAAAAAGCUUUAAUUGCUAGUAUUAAAGCAACCGCAGGUCCAACUCCAUCUGCUACUACCCGUAUUCCUUCGGAAAAGUUACGAAAAGCUCAAGCUGCUGGUUUAAUGACCCCUCUUACAGGUAAAAAACCCAAAGAAAAGGAACGAAUAUUAAGAGGCUUAGCGAAAAAUGGAAUACCUUUACCGGAAGCCAAAACUCCAUCUGAUCAAAAAAUUAUUGACAAAGUUCGAAGAGAUAUGGGUCUCCCACCUGAACCAAAAACUCCAGCUGAAAGAAUUAAAUAUAAACAAGCAUACGCAUCCGGAAUUAUUACACCUUUAGAAGGUAAAACUCCAGAACAAAUAAAAAAAAUUUUACAGGCACAGCAUGAUGCGGGCAUACCACUCCCUGAAGGACGUAAUAAAAAAGAGAAGGCAUUAAUAAAAAAAAUUAAAGCAGGUCCACCCCCAGCUCUUCCGCCCGACAAAGUAAAAAAAUUAGAUGCGAAAACGGCCAAACUAACUAAGGAAGGAGGAGGCCCUGUUGACGAAUGUAUUUGUCCACUUUUCACUCCGGAAUCUGAAAGAACCAAAGCAUCAAUGAUGUUAAAAGAACCAGGUAAAAUUACGAGUGAAAAACUAAAAGCAGCUAAAGCUGCCGGAUUGCUGACUCCUUUAGCAGGAAAAACACCUGCUCAAAAAGAAAAAAUACUAAAAAGCUUAGCAGAACAAGGUCUUCCACUCCCUGAGCCUAAAACACCUUCUGAAAGACAGCUAAUAGACAAAGUUCGCCAUGAUCUCGGAUUACCGCCUGAACCAAAGACACAGGCUCAGAAAGACAAAUAUGCCAAAUCACAAGCCGCGGGAUUGAUUGUACCGUUAGAAGGUAAAACACCUGCAGAAAAGGAGAAAUUAUUAAGAAAACAAGCUGAAAUGGGUUUAACUUUACCUGAAGGACGAACCCCAUCCGAAAAAGCUUUAAUUGCAAAUAUAAAAGCCACUUCAAAGGCCAAGCCCUCUGUUGUUCCUAUAGCAUCAGAAAAACUACGAAAAGCUAAGGCAGCUGGUCUUAUCACACCACUAGAAGGAAAAUCUGCAGAUCAAAAAGAGAAAAUUUUGAGAGGUUUAGCAGCCCAUGGAAUACCGUUACCACAGGGUAAAACAGCAUCUGAUCAAAAAAUAAUUGAUAAAGUCCGGAAAGAUAUGGGUCUACCACCUGAGCCCACAACCUCAGCUGCCAGACAAAAAUAUAAUAAUGCAUUAUCUGCUGGUAUUAUAACACCAUUAGAAGGAAAAACUCCAGCUCAAAAAGAAGCAAUACUGAAAAGACAAGCGGAACUAGGUUUGUCUUUACCGGAAGGCCGAACAAAAUCUGAAAAGAUGUUGAUUGAUAAUAUUAAAGCUAAGACUGCAAAGAUACCCUCUGAAGCUGUCAUGCCUACAGAGAAGAUACGUAAAGCUAAAGCUGAGGGUUUCCUCACUCCCUUAGAUGGAAAGUCAACAGCUGAGAAAGAAAAAAUAUUAAAAGGUUUAGCAAAAUCAGGUAUGCCACUUCCAGAAGCAAAAACUGAUUCAGAAAAAGAAUUGAUGAAAAAAGUUAGAACAGAAAUGGGUUUACCACCAGAACCCAGAACAUCAGGUGAAAAAUCGAAGUUAUUAAAGGCGCACGCAAAAGGAAUGAUAACACCACUCGAAGGGAAAACUCCAGCAGAGAAAGAACGAGCAUUGAAACGUAUGAUAGAAUCUGGUGUACCUCUUCCAGUAGGCAGGACUUCCUCAGAAAAAGCUUUAAUAGACAAAGUAAAAGCCACCUCGAAAGCUCCGUCUUUAGUGCAUUUACCAUCAGAAAAGCUGCGCAAAGCCAAAGCAGCCGGAUUAAUAACACCUUUAAAAGGAAAAACACCUGAGCAAAAAGAAAAAAUUCUUAGAGGGUUAGCCAUGAAUGGUUUACCCUUACCUGAAGCCAAAACAGUGUCUGAACAAGAGUUAAAUGAUAAAGUUAGAAGGGAUCUUGGUUUAUCUCCAGAACCAAAAUCUUUAGCCGGAAAACAUAAAUAUAAUAAAGCUCUAGCGGAUGGUAUCAUCACUCCAUUAGAAGGAAAAUCUCCAGCCGAAAAAGAAAAAAUCCUACGACGCCUAGCUGAAAAUGGUAUAUCAUUACCAGAAGGGCGAACACCUUCAGAAAAAGCGUUGAUUACUAAUAUUAAAGCUACAACAAAACCUAUCCCAUCAGUAGUAUCGAUUCCAUCUGAAAAAUUGCGUAAAGCUAAGGAAGCAGGAUUAAUCACGCCACUAGAAAAUAAAACGCCUGCUCAAAAAGAAAAAAUUUUGAGAGGUUUAGGAGCUCAUGGCAUACCAUUACCUGAAGGCAAAACGCCAUCUGAAAAAAAAUUGAUUGAUAAAGUUCGAAGAGACAUGGGGUUACCACCAGAACCAAAAACUUCUGCUGCAAGAAGAAAAUAUAACUAUGCACAAUCCAAAGGAAUUAUAACACCAUUAGAAGAAAAAUCUCCAGCGCAGAAAGAAGCCAUUCUACGAAAACUUGCUGAAACUGGUGUGCCAUUGCCAGAAGGACGAACUCCAUCGGAAAAAGCAUUAAUUGACAAAAUUAAAGCAACAACAAAAGCGAUGCCAUCUGUAGUUCCAGUUUCGUCGAAAGUCCAAAAAGAAAAGCCAACCUCAGUGGUCGCAAUUCCAUCUGAAAAAUUACGAAAAGCAAAAGCAGCAGGUCUACUUACACCAUUGGAGGGCAAAAAACCAGCCCAAAAAGAAAAAAUAUUAAGAGGUUUAGUUGAACAUGGAAUACCAUUACCCGAAGGAAAAACUGCGUCCGAAAAGAAAUUAAUAGCCAAAGUUCGAAAAGACAUGGGUCUGCCACCAGAGCCUGCAACUGCGGCUGAGAAGCAAAAGUAUAAUAAUGCUUUAGCUAAAGGAAUUAUUACUCCAUUACAAGGAAAAAAUCGAGCACAAAAAGAAGCUAUUUUGAGAAAUCAAGCCGAAGCGGGUAUAAUGUUACCUGAAGGUCGAACGAAAUCUGAAAAAGCAUUAAUUAAGAAAAUUAAAGCUACCACUGGUCCUCCUGGUGCUGGUCCACCACCACUACCGCCUGAUAAAGCAAUGAAAUUAGAUAAAAAAACACGUAAGAAUAUAAAAGAAGGGAAAGGUCCCAGUGAUGAAUGUAUUUGCCCUCUCUUAACCCCCUUAUCUGAGAGAGGAGAAAAAAUGGCUAUGAAAAGUCCAUCGGAAAAGUUGCGUGAAGCUAAAGCCGCUGGAUUAUUAACGCCAUUAACAGGAAAGUCACCUGCUGAAAAGGAGAGAAUAUUAAAAGGUUUAGCUCAAACUGGAUUACCACUACCGGAAGGAAAAACAGCAUCAGAAAAAGCCUUAAUAGAAAAGAUAAAAGCUACUACGAAACCCGCUCCUUCGGUAGUUCAAAUUCCUUCUGAAAAACUGCGUAAAGCUAAAGCUGAGGGUUUGCUCACUCCAAUAGAAGGUAAAUCACCAGCUGAAAAAGAAAAAAUAUUAAGAGGUUUGGCAAAGGCAGGUCUGCCACUACCUGAAGGGAAAACUCCUUCAGAAAAGGAUUUAAUUAAAAAAGUAAGAUUAGAAAUGGGUUUACCGCCGGAACCUAAAACCUCGGCUGAAAGAGUAAGACUACAAAAAGCUCACGCAGCUGGAAUUGUAACGCCGUUGGAAGGUAAAACUCCAGCCCAAAAAGAAAAAGCGUUAAAACGUAUGAUGGAUGCAGGCGUCACACUCCCAGAAGGCAGGACUCCCUCUGAAAAGGCAUUGAUCGCAAAGAUCAAAUCAGAAGGACCAACUCCGUCAGUUAUGCCAGUUUCUUCAGCUAAGUUACGAAAAGCAAAGGCAGCAGGGCUAUUAACACCAUUGGCUGGUAAAACACCAGCUGAAAAAGAGAAAAUUUUAAGAGGAUUAGCAGAUGUUGGAGUUCCACUUCCCAAAGGACACACACCGUCGGAAAAAUCUUUGGUUAAAAAAAUUACUCGUGAAUAUGGGAUCCCACCAGAAGCUAAAACUCCAUCUGAAAAAGAUAUUGUACGCAAGGCAAGAGCGGAAGGUUUAUUCACACCUUUAACAGGAAAAUCCCCAGAAGAAAAAGAAAAGAUUUUGAAAGGUUUGGCAGCGGCUGGAUUGCCCAUGCCAGAAGGGGCGACUCCAUCUGAAAAGAUGUUAGUUAAAAAAGUGCGGCAAGCCGAGGGAUUGCCCCCUGAAUUAACACCAUCAGAAAAAUUAGGAAAAAUAAAAACCAAAUCAAGAGGCAUUGGCGUUGGUGAAAGGAAGCUUAGUAAAAAAGGAGGUCUUACAGAGGAAAUUCAAAGUGUUACCAGAACUACUAAAUGUGACCGAGGAUGUGGCUGUGAUCGAAAAAAAAUUAGAUUUAAACACAGUUACGUCAAAAUUAGAGUUACCUCACCUGAUAUUUCAUCAUGGUGUUCAUGCCCUCAGGAAUGUAUUCCUGGCGUAAAAGGUGGAGUUUUCGUUGAUAAUGAAGGAAUCAAAGUUACUGUAGGGAGAGUAACUGAGCAACCAUCUUUUCCUAGUGUUCUUAAUAGGAAACUCAAAGAUCAAAAAAGCUUACAAUAUAUCUUUAUAAACAAAUUCGUGAGCAAAUUUAAUUCUGAUAUUUACAGCGAUGAAGCUAAAGAUUUGAAAGUUUUAGAGAAUCCGUCUGAAUUUAUAUUCUCUGAUUCAGAUGUAUCAACAUAUGCUAUUUAUUCAACUAGUGAGUCUGAUACAAGUUUUAUGACUAAUAACUCAUCAUCUAUCAUGGAUUAUGGAUAUAACGUUAAUUGUUUCUCUAAUUUUUAUGUCAGUCAUUCAAAAACAAAUCAAAUUAAAACAGAUUCUCUAUAUUCAGAUUCUGAAUAUUAUUUAGUCGAGAGCCUUACGUCGACUAGUACGAAAUCUCUGGUAACCAAGCAACAAUCCACUUACUUAGAUUCUCCAUCACUAUUGAGCUUAUUACUAAUUAAAACUGAAUCAUCAUUAAGCCUCUCUACAAGUUCUAACAUAAGCGAAGGUACACAUACAAUAAGUGUUAUAUCAUUCAUCGAUAGUAACUUUUCCGAGAAAUCUAGUCAUUUCUUGAAUACAAAAUAUUAUGACGUAUACGACAACGAACAAUUGGCAGAUAAAUGUCCAGAAAAUGCUGUGAGUUAUAACAAUGUUAACAGCGACUUUGAUAAUACUCAAUACUCGAUUGAUGCUGAAUCCAUUGAUAAAGAUGAGAAAGCUUUCAUGGAAACGGAAGUCCCGAUUUACACGUUAUCUGAAACAAGACACGAUUUCACGGAAAAAUGUGACUUGAAAAAAAGUCCCGUCAUUGUAAUUAGCAAUCUGAGUACCGAUCGAGACGUCAUUAAUGUGAUCGAUAAAAUACUUGAAAGUAAAAAAAUAUCAGAUUCUUCAAUUUUCAUUGUUGUUUCUUCUUCUGAUUUUGGUUCAGAAAUAACUCCGGAUAGUCAAUCGACCAUUUGCAUUCAGGUUUCACAAAAUAUCUCUCAGUGGAUGUUGAAAAAUGAAGUGCCGAACAAAGAAUCGCUGUAUCCACGAGGCCUCAGUAUUUUUCAUAAAGGAAACAUGAAUAGACAAGACGAUACAAUCAACGAAACAGUAAACAACACACCACCGUUACAAAGUUUUUGUAGAACUGUAUUUAGACGGUCCAAAAGAAUAGUAUUAGGCGACAAAGAAAAACAAAUAUCUAGUUUAAACAUAGAUGUGUGCAAUGAAACACGUCCCAAACAAAAUAAAUGUAAAAGCACCUGCGGUAAAAAAGAAGAACGAAAGACGUGCACAGAAAUAGAUACAGUCAACGAACCCACUCCAGUUGAAUGUAAAAGAAGAGGGAAAUCAGAUGGUGACAAAGAAGAUAAUAUGGAACGCUUAGAAGUAAGCGUCGGGAGAUCAGUAACGUUUGACGAGGGCAGCAAUCGCGAUAUUAUUUACACCGUAGAUGAUGGUCAAAACUGUGACAUGACCAAUGUUAUAUGUUAUGAAGAGAGUAUGGAUACAACUUUGGACAGGCCGUGUUGCUGCGGCCCACCGCCCAAUCAUUUGUCAGAAGUACGUUGCGUUCACAGCGCUCUUUCGGAGUUGAUCGUGCCUCUCAUUUCAUCUCAAGGAGAUGCGCAGGGUCUAGAUAUUGAGAUGAGUUACUCACACAAAAGGAAACACAAUUAUGGCGAUACCAGCAAUGGUCUCAAUGCAUGUAAUAUGGGGACCCAAACCAAGGUAUUAAAACCGGUGCAAAACUCGGCGUCUGGCUGCAAAAGCUGUUUCCCGUGUUCUGUUACAAACAAUAAAGUUAAAAUAACUAUCAUUAGAAAACAUGUAUCGACGAAUACAUGUGAAUCUUGUUGCCCACCUGAAACUGCCGAAGCACAAUGCGUUUCGACAAAUACAAGUGUACCACCUUGCCCUCCUGAAACUGCUGAAGCUCAAUGUGGCCCGCCCAAAUUGAAACAAUUGGUAUGCGAACAUGAUUGCCUGUCGGCUGAUGAAGACAACGACAAAGGUAGCAAUAAAUUGAAAAAAAUGUUAAGCAAAAAAGAAAAGAAACAAAAGAAAACCAAGAACAAACAAAAAGUAAAUUCUAAAGAUGAAGAAUUACAAUGUUCACCUGAUAAUUUGAUGGAUACAUUAGAACAAAUGAUGAGGGACAUGAAUCAGGCACUAAAUAAUGCUGAUAGAAUUUUAAACAAAGCACAGAAUCCCACAGACGCUUCAAAAGGAAAGAAAGCUACAGCACAUAAGAGUAGAGCAGGUGGAAAUAAUUCGCCACCGACGUCGGGAGGAUGUUACAGUCCAACAUCAAUAGAUUCGCCACCAACUUCGAAAGGAUGUUGGGGAUCAGCACCAAAGGAUUCUGCACCUACUUCAUCAGGACGUAGGGUCAACGCACGCGCUCCUAAAGGGUGUUGGGGUUCAUCAUCAAAAGAUUUAGCACCGACUGCAAAUGUAUCUCGAAACUCACCACCGAAAGAUUCAACGCCACCUUCUAGAGGUUGUUGGGGUUCAGCAUCAAAGGAUUCAGCACAGACUUCAACUGGACGUAGAGGAUCACCACCUACUUCGAAAGGAUGCUUUGCAUCAGCACCUACUCCCAGAGGGUGUUGGGGUUCAAUGCCGAAAGAUUCAACACCAAAUUCAACAUCGCCUUCAAGGGGAUGUUGGGGUUCCGCGCCAAAAGAUUCGACACCAUCUUCGAGGGGAUAUCGGGGUUUACCACAACAAGAUUCAUCACCACCUACAAGUGGAUGCUGGGCUGGACCACCAAUAGCAAGAAACCAAAGAAAUUCACCCCCAGGAACCCAGAGAAAUAAUUCCAGCAAAGAUGUAACUUGCCCGAGCAAAGCAAAAACGAUUCCUACACAAGCUGGAACCCAAAGAACUAGUUGCAGCAGAGAUGUGUCUUGCCCGAAUAAAGCAAAAACAAUACAAACACAAGCGGGCGGGCCGUACUCUCAAAUGCCUCCGGGAAGCUCGAGCACAUGCUUAUCUAACCAUGAUAAAUGCGUUUGUAACAAUCCAGACAAAGGCUUGUGUGCUUGCGAUGAAAAGACACGAAAGAAGAAGUAUAAAGAGGCAAUGAAGAAGAAGAAAAAAGAAAUGAAAGAACAGAAACGUCGAGAGAAAAUUAAGAAAAACAACAAAUGUGUGUGUCCUGAAGAGGAGCCUCUGACCGCUACGUCGGAAUAUGAUUUUACUCUAUUAGAUCAAAUCUCAAUCACCGAAGAAUGGAUUGAUCUAAAACGCAUCAGGCAAUUGCAAUCCGAACAGACGCAAGUGACAUCAGGAUUCAACAUUGGUUUUAGGAAAAGGCCGAGAUCAAGCUUGGAACAAUUCCCAAUGUUCGAAAAUAGUUUCGAGGACGCUUUGGAGUACUACAACAUGUUCCCGACUCCUCAAGACGAAGAAGAGAGAAUGAAGAAGGAAGGCAAGGUUUGCCCGUGCGAGGAUCCGAUCAUAGACAAAUGCCUAUGUCCAGAAGACAAGUUGGCGCUGGAAUCAAUUCCGCCCGGUCCCUUAUUCAUAACUGAAUCCUCUAUGGAAGAAGAAGAAGGAGACUUGAACCUUGUUCCGGAGGGAGGAAUCAAGUUCUUACUCACCGGUAAGGGUUCCCAUUCGAAAGGUCUUGGUGGUUUAUGCUGUUUCGAUUUCAUACAGCAGGAAAGCGGAAUACUACAAGUCAUUGAUAAGAAAGUAAGUAGUAUAUCCGUAUAAACAAAGACACGUGUACACAAAUGUCGUCUGUCCAUAUUGUUUAUGUGAAGUUUUUAUAGGUAUUAUUUUGAAUGAAUAGUAGUACAUCCAUUCUUUUUAAAUUGUGUAGUGAAAUUAUAAUCAUUUGUUUUGAUAACGAAAUAAAUAUAUGAUCAC